AUGACCGUUUUUUAUUGAAAUCUACGAAAUUAUAAAUUUAACCAAGAUUAGUUUUAUUAUUUAAACUUUUAAGCUUGUUAAACCAAGUAAGUCGUAAACGUAUAAACAUAAUUUUGGUUUCAGACCUUUUGCUCUGUAUUUUGUAAUGAUCUACUGAACAAGUAAAACUUUAUCACUUGUACAUCAUAAUUUUACAUUAUGAAGGCUUUUUUGGAAUUGGUACGUGACCGUUUCACCAAGGUUGACUUAAUGCAUUUAGUUGAUAUUGAUGAUGAAGAUCUCCAAUUAUUGAUAUUCCAGAAUGGGCCAAGCAGGGAUGAAUUUAUAAAGGUUUUGGUGUAUAAAUUGUUGUUGGAUACUGAUCCUGAGUCUGAAUACUCAAAUACAUAUGAUUUAGAAUAUAUACUUGUGUCAUUUGGUUUGUUGGAUAAAAUAGCUGCCCAAAAUUUUUUAAAAGGUAAUAUGUCAACCAAGUUACAUACAGCUACAUGGAAAAAGAUUAUUGAAUCUUUGAUACCAACUACAACAGUUGCAAUUCAAUAUCCGAGUUAUGAUGAACUAAUGAAUGACAUUUAUGAAAAGAGUAAUUAUUUUCGAUCUGCUGAAAAGAAAAAUUAUCUUCCUCCAGAACUUAUAUCUAAGUUAAAAGUUGAAACGGAAUUAAACGAAAACAGUGAAAGUAUUGAUGACAUUUCAGACCAGUUAAUCAAGAUCAUAAAUAAACCAAUAUUACCUCAUAAAAAUAAUGAUUUUAAAACAUCCUCAGAUUGUGAGGAACAACCACCAGAUACAAGCUCAAAAUUUAUGGACUUGAUAUCAAUAAAAAAAGAAAUUGAUCAAUGUAUUGAGAUUUCAAAUAACAAAAACAUAACUCCAUUAAAUAAUGAAGGCUCAAUCAAAAUUUCUACUCAAGAGUUCCUUGAACUAAUAGAUAAACAAAAUUUAAUUCAUUCUGAUAAUUUAGAAUCAAAAAUAGAAUAUAUCCAUAAGCUUAUGAAAGCUGAACAAGAUUUACAAAUUUUAGCAGAUUCACUAAUAGUACAGUCUAUGUUGGAUAGCAAAGAAUGUCAAAGAAACACAUCAUAAACACUAGUUUAUUAUAUGUAAAUUUAAUUUGUAUAAUAAUAUUUUGAAAAUCCACACCUUUUUGAUUGAGAAGUUUUAUAUUUUCUACUUUUUUAUUUGUUAUCUAAUGUUUAGUAAGAAAGAUUCAUAUGGUAAAUUAUUUGAUACUAUUAUAUAAUAAUAUUAUAUCGAAUUAUGAAUUUCUUACCUAUUCCUUUACAUUAUACUCAUUGUAGCAUAAAAAUAUAGGAAUAUUUAGAUACAAUUUAUAGAAUUUUCAAGACAAUUAUAAUAAAAAAACUUGUUUAUAAUUUUACUUUUUUGAAAAUUCCACUCCAAAUGCUUGCACUUUGUAAUAGUUGUAAAUGGUAGUAAUAUGUGUACAGCUCUAUUUAUUAUGUAAGUAAAAUUAAUAAUAUGAUUGCAAUAUUCAGAUUUUUUUACAGCAUUAACAAUACACCAAACUUUAAUAAUAAUAUUAAUAUUUAAGUCUUCACUUUUAAACUUAAGAUGUAAUUUUUGAGUUUUCAGGGUUAUUUAAUGUUAAAAAACUUAUGUGUUUAAGUUAAGUCUUAAGUUUAUAUUUUUUACAUAAAGAAAAAAAUUGAAUAAUGUAAUAAUACAUAUUCAAAUAUUAAGUAAAAAAGAAGUAUUUUUAUAUCUUGGGUCUAGUAAAUUAGUCCGGUAU